AUGUCCUUAACAACAACAACCUCGACCUACAACACGACGACACGACACACCCUGUCAAGACGGCCCGGCCGCGGCGGCAUAGCGACGGCGUCCACCCCGAACCUCAACCAGCUGUAUACCGCGCAGUCGUCGCGUCUGGUUCCCCCGGCGCUUGCGCGCAAGGGGUCGGUCGCCGCUCUCACGCAGAACUCGCUGGCCGCCAUCCCCGAUGACUCGGCAGCCUACGCAUACAACUCAGUCUUGGCCAGCGACACCAUGCCCAUGCCACACAGCCCGGGCCGCUUGGGCGGCAGCGACGAGAUUGCCAUCGGCGAUACGGUCGAGGUGCCGGGCAGCAUGACGGGAACAAUUAAAUUCAUCGGCGCCGUCGCGGGCCGGAAAGGCACCUUUGCCGGUGUCGAGCUGCACCCUGACUAUGCGCCCAGGGGAAAGAACAACGGUGAUGUCGAUGGUGUUUAUUACUUCACGACCGAGCAGCCAGGCGCCGGCAUCUUUCUGCCUUUAUCCAAGGCUGUCAAGCGCGAAUCACCCUCAAUGCCCGGGAACUCGUUUCCGAUCACCCCAGCGAGCGGCGGAUUAAAAGUUGCCAGCCAAAACUCGACCAACUUCACCCCGCCAACCCCCGGGCUGCCCAAGUUCAGCCAGUCUGUCGGUCCUGGCCGUCCCGGAAGUCCGCUGGGCAAAAAGAUGCGCCCGUCUCUGCCGCGACCAGAGUCGCCCGUAAGGAGGCUCAUGACGCCAGGCCCACGCCCAACCAUCGCUACCCCAGCGCCGAAAGCAGGUGCGCCCAGGUUCGGCAGCCCGACGUCAGCAAACAAACUUGCACAGAGCGUGCGCGGGACCGCCGGUGAUCAUAGCAAGCGAAUGCCAGGGCACGCACGGAAAGGGAGCGUCGGACCGCGCAGUGUAUCAGUGCUUGGAACAACCUCAAACCCAAAUUUUACCGACGACGACACGACGCCCGUCGGCGUGCAGAGGACCCAGACAAACGGUAGUAUCGGGUCCGUCUCAUCCUUUGCCAUGAAAAUACGGCCGGCAUCAAGGGCCGCGUCACGGAUUGGCAACCAUGGGAAUGACGAGGAGCUGGAGAGGCUCAGGGCCGAGCUGGAGGACCGGAAUCGUCAACUCAAAGAACAGGCGACCACACUAGCCGAAAUGGAGAGUAGCUUGACGGAGCUUCAGGGGCUGAUCGAGAACUCGACAGGGCCGCCGGUUCAGCGGCGGAGCAGCAUAGACGACAAAGAUUCUGCGCAGCUUCGGGCGCUGCUCCGGGAAAAGAACGAUAAGAUCGCCAUGCUCACGGCCGAAUUCGACGCGCACCGAGCAGACUUUCGCAGUACCAUUGACACACUAGAGAUGGCGAGCUCGGAGACGGAGCGGGUGUACGAAAAGAGGAUCGAAGAGCUGAUGCAGGAGAUACAAGAGCUUCAGGACAGGACUGCCGAUGUUGACACCAUCGCGGCGCAGCUGAAACAGCUCGAGGAGCUUGUGCAAGAGCUUGAGGAGGGUCUAGAAGACGCUCGGAGAGGAGAGGCCGAGGCACGCGGCGAGGUCGAGUUCCUGCGUGGGGAGGUGGAAAGGACACGCACCGAGCUUCGGCGAGAGCGGGAAAAGGCCUCGGCCAUGAACGGCGCUAACGGCGCCGGCAACAACGGGUCCAUGUCCAAGGAGCUGGAGCAAAAAGAGGACGAGAUCAGGGGCCUCAAAGCCAUCAUCCACUCGCUCAGCAGAGACUCGGUGCCAAACGACAAUUCGGACAGAAGUCCCACUCAACGUCCGUCAUCGUUCCGGCCGCACCACGGCGAGUCGAUCGAAGACCGCCUCACCCGCGAGAAGCUCGACCGCGAAGUCGCCGAGCUUCGGGCGCUGCUGGAAAGCAAGAUGGCGCGCGAGGAGGAGCUGGAGCGCGAAUUGGAGACGCUGCGCAGGGGAAGCGUCCUGACGGCCGUUGGGCCCGGCCACCGCGGGAGCGCCAUGACCGUUGGCGGCGGCGGCAACCACAACAACCCAGACCGCAGCUCGAUUCGCGACUCGAGGGGGACGGUCAUCGCGCCACCUGCCUCUCUCGGCAACAGUGCGGAGUUGCAGCAGCAGCAGCAGCAGCUCAAGAGCCUCUCGUCGCCGCCGAAGCACAACCGCGGCGGCCGCACCGAGCUCGAGACGAUGCCCGAGAGCGACGCGUACAGCACCGCGACCGAGAACAGCACGCUGUGGUGCGAGAUUUGUGAGACGUCCGGGCAUGACAUCCUUACAUGCACCAAUGUCUUCCCCGAUCAGAAGCAGCAGAAGGGAGUUUUGGGCGACAACGGCAAUGGUACGAACGGCAUCGAGAAGAGGGAGUACGAUGAUGAUGCGGGUGUGGUGCCUAAGCCCGCCCCGCUGUCGCCUGUCAAGACCACCGCCGGCGGCGGCAAAUCUAUCAGCGACCCGGAACCUACGCCUACUCCGGCAACUGUCACCGCCGCCAGUGCGGGUGCUGGUGCGGUUGCAGGUGGGACGACAAUGGCCAACCAGACGGACUCAGGUCCCGUCGCGGGCAAGGAUAGCGGCGUGGUGGAUGCGGGCAAGUGGUGUGCGCUGUGCGAGAGGGACGGGCAUGAUAGUGUGGAUUGCCCUUUUGAGGACGCGUUUUAG